AUGAGCGGCUAUCAUCCUGGCGCUGGUUCGCCUCUUAAAUUCUUUGGUACAAGCGAGAUCACCAUGGACUACACUAUGGACCAAUCAGCACCUUUCCUUGAGGAGCAGCAAAUUGGGCAAACAUGUUCGACAGGAUUCGGGCAGAGCUCAAUAGAGAAAGACUACUACAAGACCUGCGUCUCGCGGAAGCAACGAGCCCGGCGCUCGAACACCGCGCAGAAGUAUUUCUGUACAAUUUGCAAAGAGCCCUUUGUGGAGAAGGCUGAUUGGAAACGACACGAAGAAACCUACCAAGAACGCCCCGAGGAGUUUCAGUGUGACAUUUGCUAUGCAAAGUACUUCCUAGACAAAGAUUUUGUCACCCAUCAUGUCCAGGCUCAUGGCUGUGUGCCCUGCUACGCAAACACCAGAUGCUCAGAGAAAAAACACGUACAAGAGUCAAAGCGAAAGCGAAAGACUCGGACUGGUUGGGGUUGCGGGUUUUGCUAUCACUUCUCCACAAACUGGAAAGAGCGCUGCAACCACAUCGCCGACCACUUUGAGCACGAUCACAAGACGAUGGCAGACUGGCAUCACAGCGUCGUUAUCUACUCGCUUUUACAGCGUCCAAAGGUCGUGGAUGAAUGGAACGCACUCCUCCAAAGUAUGAAUCGGCCCUUCACGGGCUUUGCUUGGGACGUACAUUCGACCGGACGUGUGGAAGGCUACCCAGAUAGCAGCCGCUUUCCUCGACUCCAAGACGCACUCGAAUACUUCACACCCAACAAAGAUGCAGCAGCACUGGUGCGCAAGGCAUACGAUCUAGCGGUAAAGUCGAUUGCUCGCGAUGGACCACCGCCUGUGCCGCCGAAAGAUCAUCCCAACGACAGCGAGCUUUCCCUACAGAGCCUCACGAACGACACAGAGUCCAUGACACAGUUCUUGAAAUCGAUAGUCAAUGAUGAUUUACUGCCGACCAACGUGACUCAACCUGAAGGAGAUGCUUGGAGCGACUACUCUAGCUCUUGGCUGGACUUUUCUUCAUGA